AUGUACUUUCGGUCAGUUAGGUCAGGUAAAACGCCGACUUGGAUUUGGUUCCCAGCAAGCAGUCCCUAAACCAGAUCUCUCAACCCCCCGGCCCCCUCUUCUUCUUCUUCUUCCUUCUCUCCCGCUCCCUCGCUCUUGGUGGUUCGUUCGUUCGUUGGUCGGUUCGAUUUGCCGGCAAUGGCCUCGUCGGGUCCCGACCACCUCUUCAAUCUCCGCAACAGCUUCUACUUGGGGGCGUACCAGGACGCCAUCAACAAGAGCGACAUCCCCAACCUCUCCGGCGAUGACGCCGUCGAGCGCGACUCCAUCGUCUACCGCUCCUACAUCGCCCUUGGCUCCUACCAGCUCGUGAUCAACGAGAUCGACUCCUCUGCCCCCACCGCCCUCCAAGCCGUCAAGCUUCUCGCCCUCUACCUCGCCGGGGACAAGGAAUCUGCAAUCGCAAGUCUCCAAGAGUGGCUGAAUGAUGCAGCAAUUGGAAACAACCAUGUUCUUCGACUGAUUGCAGGGAUCAUUUACAUGCAUGAACAGAACUAUGUUGAGGCUCUUAAGCACACCAAUUCUGGAGGGACAAUGGAAUUGCAUGCAUUGAAUGUUCAAAUAUACCUUAAGAUGCACAGGUCCGACUAUGCAGAGAAACAACUGAAGAUCAUGCUACAAAUUGAUGAAGAUCAUACACUGACACAACUUGCAAAUGCAUGGGUAAACCUGGCAGUGGGUGGUUCAAAGAUACAGGAGGCAUAUCUUAUCUACCAAGAUUUCUCUGAGAAGAACCAGAUGACUCCUUUGAUUCUGAAUGGUAAGGCUGUCUGUUGUUUGCACAUGGGGCGCUUUGAUGAAGCUGAGUCCCUAUUGCUCGAUGCACUUAACAAGGAUGCCAAAGAUGCAGAAACACUAGCCAACCUAGUUGUGUGUAGUCUUCACCUGGGCAAAUCUGCAGCUCGAUACCUCAACCAGUUGAAGCUGUCACAUCCUGAUCAUAUGCUUGUUCAGCGUGCCUCUUCUGCUGAAGAUAGCUUUGAGAGAGCUGUUCAAUCAAUUGCCUGAGUACUUGAUAUUGUAGUUUCUCGCUGUUUGACCAUAAAUUCAUCUUUGUUCUUUUUGAUCAUUCUACAUCAGUGUACUAUUCAGGGGUUACUUUUUUGUUAGCGUCUUGUGUGGGGAAUACUAUUUUCUCAACCAAUUUGAUCAAAACAUUGCUUUUGGUCCCUCCAUUUUGGUGAAAUAUGCUCUAACCAAAGCCUGUUAGUUAUCA